AUGCUCUCCUCGUCGUCCGCUGACCCAUCUGUUAGGACAGCAAAGCUCGCAAGAUACUUCAAUUCAAUUCUGCGUGGAGAUCAAUCAUUGAAGACAACUAAACAGGCAGAGCUUUUUAUCGAGGCGCUAUGUGAUCAGCCUGAUCCACCAACAUGCAUUGACAAAGUCAUAUCAAGCUCAGCAGGUCUUUCAGCCGUGCAAAGUAGUCUUCGAUUCGACGCCUCCGCCUCCUUCCACAAUGGACCAGCCGCAGCCUUGAUUCGGUACAUCCAAGAUCCUGGGCUAAAGAUGAUUCUUGGGGGAGAUUAUGUCCGCCAGGUCACUCGGCCAAUGGUGGAGCCGCCCAUCUUCUGGAACGGCUUCUUACAGUCCUUCCGUAACGCCUUACUGAAUAUAGACUCCCAACAGUGCUUCGCCUGGCUUCUACACGAGCUACUGUGCCAAAAUUCCGGCAACAGUGGCUCUUAUACUGCUAUUGCGCAAGAUCCCUUGAUCCAAGCUUUGCUCCUCAAUUCUCCGGCCUUCGAAAUACGAACAAUGGGGCAGAAGAUCAAACAUACUAUCUCCAGUCUUGAUGCACCUGGUGUUGAUGACGAUGGACAUGGUCCAGGAGGAAGACAUGACAAUGACUUCGCAGACUUUCGUGAAAUUGCUAUCCAUCCCACGGCCGAUGAAAUUCGCUCGGCGGAACCGGCAUUUCUUCGUCGAGCUGAGACACUGGAAGAUCCAGCUUACGAAGACAAGCGCCUCACCAUGCAUCUUGAAAAUCAGUUCCGACUCCUUCGCGAGGACUUGUUAAAGGAAUUGCGCGAUGAGCUUCAGAUCGUUUUGGGGAAGAAGAAAGGACGCCACAGAGGCACAAUGGUAGACGGACUUACAAUUCUCGGUGUUGAUUGUGGAGAGCCAAAGAAGCGACUACCAUGGUCCCUGCGGCUCCAGUGUUUAUCAGACCUACCCGAACUAGCCAAAGUGAAGGAUAAGGAACGCAAAGACAACCGCCUAGACCCAACUGAACCAGCGAACGUGAAGAAUAAAGAGCGCAAAGACUAUCUCCGUGCCAACCAGAAUCUAUUCAAACAUCAAUCCUUAGCAUGCUUGAUUGUGGACGAAGACAUUGCCGCCUUUCCAACCAUACAUCGAGACGUCGAUCAACUCGCUCGCAAACCUCCGGUUAUCGCGCUACAUCUCAGAGGCAUUGCAAGCACGUCCAAGUCGCUGCUCAAGCUGAAGACUGCACAGCAUGUGAAACUAGUGCAAAUAGAUACAGCUGUUUUUGCUUAUGAACCGGUGUUGCGAGGGCUUCAAGAAAUUCGAGAAUUGUCCCUCGCGGAUGAGCUCUUGCUUUGGAGUCCCGAUAGCGUCCCGGUCAAACCUCCGCAUGCACCUGUGGCGUUGAUCAAUAGUCUCGAGAACGAUCCCUCACAAGAUGUCCAAGAUGUCCUGCAAACCGCCAAGUCAAUCCGACUGGACGAAGCCCAAAUGAAAUCUCUUUUAACAGGGCUUAAGCAGCGGGUGAGCUUGAUACAGGGCCCGCCGGGUACUGGCAAAUCAUUUAUUGGAGCUCUGAUCGCCAAGUCCAUUUACAGAUUCACAAAGAAGAUAAUUCUCGUGGUUUGUUUUACCAAUCAUGCUCUGGAUCAGUUCCUCGAAGACUUACUUGACAUCGGAAUUCCGGCUGAUGAGAUGCUGCGGCUUGGGGGAAAGUCGACCCCACGAACGAAAUGCAUGUCUCUGUACGAACAGUCUACUACAUACAGGCAGACGAACGCCUCUUGGACCAAGAUCAAUGGCCUCAAGUCAAAGAUAGAAGCUCAUACUAUCCGUUUGGAGCGCGCAUUCGAUAGAUACAAGUCGACUAACCUUCGGUCGGCGGAUUUGAUAGAAUACCUUGAGUUUCUUCCUGAUGGUGAAGACUAUUACAAUGCAUUCACAGUGCCCGAAGCUGAAGACGGGUCGACGAUGGUUGGUCCAGGCGGCAAAGCUGUUAGCGACUCAUAUCUCUUCGAUCGAUGGUCAAAUGGCCAAGACGCUGGUAUCUUUUCCGACGAAGUUCCCAAAAAUGCACACGAUAUAUGGCAGAUGCAGGUGUCUGCAAGGCAGGCCUCGUUGUCGUCCUGGAAGCUUGGCAUACUCAAAGAAAAGGUUUCCGAGCUAUACGCCAUUGCGGAACAAUACAACGAGGCUCAAAGCGAGCUGGACAACAUGUUCAAGAAGGGGAAUGCCCAAAUAAUAGCCUCAAGACGUGUCAUAGCAUGUACAACUACAGCUGCAGCGAAAUACACGCAAGAGCUUCAAGCAGCUUCCCGAGACGUUGUAUUAGUGGAAGAAGCUGGUGAAAUUCUGGAAAGUCACAUCCUGACAAGCUUUGGUCCGCAUACGCAGCAAUUGGUGCUCAUCGGCGACCACAAACAAUUACGGCCCAAGGUCAAGAACCACGACUUGAGUGUAGAAAAAGGCGACGGCUACGAUCUCAACAGAUCCCUGUUUGAGCGACUGAUACUGAAAGGCUUCCCCCAUCAAACACUCACUCAGCAGCACCGUAUGCGUCCAACAAUAUCUGCUCUGGUCCGCUCUCUAACGUAUCCUGAUCUCACUGAUGCCCCGAGAACCCUGAUUCGCCCUGAUCUUAGUGGGUUCCAGAACAACUUGAUGUUUAUUUCGCAUAACAAACCUGAAGACGACGCCAAAGAUACGGCGAAUGGGAAGGACAUGAGUUCUAUAUCAACGAAACAAAAUCGAUUCGAGGUUGACAUGGUAUUGAAGUGCGUCCGCUAUCUUGCUCAACAAGGCUAUGGAACGGAUAAUCUUGUGGUCUUGACACCAUAUCUCGGACAAUUGAAACUUCUCAAACAAGUGCUAAGUACGGAGAACGACCCCGUUCUCAACGAUCUUGACACGUUCGAUCUUGUCCGCGCUGGUCUUAUGCAACCUGCGAGUGUAAACGCAAACGAGCGGAAAAUUCGGCUCGCAACUAUCGAUAACUAUCAGGGAGAGGAAAGCGAUAUCGUUGUUGCAUCUUUGACGCGGAGCAAUCCUAGGCACGACAUUGGCUUCAUGUCUGAGGCCGAGCGGUUGAAUGUUCUUCUCUCUCGAGCUCGUAACGCUCUAAUUUUGAUUGGCAACCCUGAAACUUUCCUGAAGGCUCGCAAAGGGAAGGAUAUUUGGACUAAGCUCUGGGGUCUACUCAAGAAUGGCGGCCAUGUCUAUGACGGGUUUCCUGUGCGGUGCGAGCGACAUCGUGAAACAGCCUGUCUAUUGCGUCAACCAAACGAUUUCGACGUCGAAUGCCCUGAUGGAGGGUGCAAAGAGCCAUGUGGCACCAUGCUCGGCUGUGGUCUCCACCCCUGUCCGCAGCGAUGUCAUCAAUUGUCCGACCACUCAAAGGUGCAGUGCGAGUACAUGCUCGACGAUAAAUGCCCAAAGGGCCAUGAAAGGUCCUGGCAAUGUCACAAACCACCACGCGAGUGCAGCAAAUGUGGAGCGGAGGCUUUGAGAGCACAGAAAGAAAUACAAAAGGACCUGAGACAGCGAGAGAAGCGUGCUCGAGAAGAACAAGAGCACAUUGAGAACAUAGCCAAGCUCGACGCAAUGCUAGCUGAAGAGAGACAGAGACUCAGGGAUGCUCAGUUAUCCAGAGACAGAGCCCUGGCAGUUCACCAAAAAGAGGAAGAUCUUGCUGGCGCGCAAGCCAUGACUCUUCCAGCUUUUGAUUCCUUGACGAAUGCCCAACAUGGUUCUGGAGGGUCGUCAGGAAAUGAGGCCAGUCCCAUAUCCACGCAAGCUUCGUCCACUCCGUCGAACAACCGUGGUAUGCAGCCACCCGAUGCUGCCAAAUCACCAGCGCCUAAGUGGACCAAUAGACGCCAUUCACCAGCCAAGGAAGAGUGGAAACGUCAGAAAAAUUUAGAUAACGCCCGAAACGAUGCUAUCGAUUCCGUCAUGGAUAUGAUUGGACUGGAAGAAGUCAAAUUGCAGAUUCUUCGGAUCAAAGCCAUGAUCGAGGUCAGCAUGCGGCAAAAUGCUGACGUGUCAAAUGACCGCUUGAAUAUUUCAUUUCUUGGGAAUCCGGGCACAGGCAAAACAACAGUUGCUCGUCUGUAUGCCAGAAUUCUGGCAUCCCUUGGAGCCCUCCCAUGCAGUACUUUCGUGGAAACGACGGGCGCACGUCUGGCUCAUGAUGGUGUUGCUGGCGCAAAAAAGAUUCUAGAAGGCAUUCUCGGUACAGGCGGAGGCACUCUUUUCUUGGACGAAGCGUAUCAACUCACAGAAGAACACAACCAGAAUGCUGGUCACCAGGUGCUAGAUUUUUUGCUUGCUGAAAUGGAGAACAACGUUGGUAAGAUCGUCUUCAUACUCGCCGGCUACAACAAAAAUAUGGAAAAGUUCUUUGAGCAUAAUCCCGGGCUCACCAGUCGCGUGCCACAUACUCUACAAUUUGCCGACUAUCAAGACGAUGAGCUAUUGUGGAUGUUGCAACAGCGAAUAGAGAAACGAUAUAAUAGGAGAAUGAGGAUCGAAGGCGGCAAAGAUGGCCUGUACAUGCGCAUCGUCGUCAAGCGUCUUGGAAGAGGGCGUGGCCGUCCAGGCUUUGGCAACGCUAGAGCACUUGAAACAGUCUACUCCAAGAUUGCUGCCCGCCAAGCUGUACGCCUGACCCAUGAGCGCAAAGGGGGACUUCGUCCAGACGAUUUCUUUCUUUACAAAGAAGAUCUUAUCGGGCCAGACCCCUCAAAAGCCAUCCUAAAGUGUUCAGCAUGGGAUGAAAUGCAAAAGAUGAUCGGCCUAGGUGCUGUCAAGGAGUCUCUUCAAGCUCUGAUUGACCGUAUCAGCGAGAACUACUAUCGCGAGCUCAAGGAGAAGGCUCCCAUCGAGGUGUCUUUGAACCGUGUCUUUGUUGGCUCGCCAGGAACCGGCAAGACGUCGGUAGCUAAGUUGUAUGGGCAGAUCCUUGCUGAUUUAGGUAUCCUCAGCAAUGGCGAAGUCGUCGUCAAGAAUCCGGCAGACUUUAUUGGCAAAUUCAUUGGCCAUUCUGAGGCCAACGCCAAGGCAAUCUUGGCAAGUGCUAUGGGGAAAGUGCUAAUCAUUGACGAGGCGUACAUGCUCUCUACAGGUACAGCUGAUGGCGGAAGUACGACCGACUCAUUCAAAACUGCGGUUGUUGAUACAAUCGUUGCCGAGGUCCAGAGCGUACCAGGAGAAGACCGUUGCGUCCUUUUACUUGGAUACGAGGACAAGAUGGUAGAGAUGUUCCAGAACGUCAAUCCAGGCCUCUCGCGAAGAUUCGCUAUACAAAAUGCUUUCCGUUUUGAAGACUUCACGGACGAGGAUUUGUUGAAGAUUUUGAAUCUCAAGUUGAAGUCACAAGAUCUCGAGGCCACAGACGAUGGAAAAGCUGUUGCCAUAGAGGUACUGAGUCGAGGACGCAAUCGACCGAAUUUCGGUAAUGCUGGCGAGGUCGAGAACCAGCUAGGGCUUGCAAAGGAACGACAUCAGCUGAGACAAUCCGCCAAGAAGCCCUCCGAGCGACCAUCUGACAUAGUCUUUGAACCACAAGACUUUGAUCCAGACUAUAACCGAGGGGCGCAUGCCUCUACUAACUUGGACAAGCUUUUCGAAGACGUUGUGGGUUGCGAAGACAUUGUCGCCAAAUUGGGCGGCUACCAGCAAAUUGCACGGGGCAUGAAAGCAAAGGGAUUGGAUCCUCGAGGCAUGAUACCGACCACUUUCCUUUUCAAAGGUCCCCCAGGCACCGGAAAAACCACAACUGCCCGAAAGGUGGGCCAAAUCUAUUACGAUCUAGGUUUCCUGGCUGAAGUCGAAGUCGUUGAGUGCUCCGCUUCAGAUCUCAUCGGCCAAUACGUCGGACAGACUGGCCCCAAAACCCGCGCGCAGCUCGACAAGGCCCUGGGCAAAGUCCUCUUCAUCGACGAAGCUUAUCGACUUGCAGAAGGCAACUUUGCUACCGAAGCGAUCAACGAGCUUGUGGAUCAACUCACGAAGCCGAAAUACAUGGACAAACUUCUCGUUGUCCUCGCUGGUUACGCUCAAGAGAUCAACCAGCUGAUUUCCAUUAACCCGGGUCUUUCCAGUCGCUUCCCAGAGGAGAUCACCUUCAAGCAUCUGAGCCCGAGGCAGUGCCUAGAGGUUUUGGAGCUCACGAUCAAGAAGCAGAAUAUCCAGACACCUGCCUUGACGGACCCUGACAGCCAGAUCCACGGUAAGAUGGUGGGCCUCCUCAAGAAGUUCAGCGCAUUACCUUCAUGGGGAAAUGCCCGAGACAUGAAGACGCUAGCCAAAACACUGGUGGGAUCUGUCUUCAAAGCAAAUGCUUCUUCCUCAAACGCAUUGGCUAUCUCUGAAGAUGACGUCUUCCGCCUCACCAAGGCCAUGUUGGAAGAGAGACAAGAGCGAUGCGCCAAUCGUCCUACAAUACUCCCAUUUAGGACCACCCAGAAGGCAGCCGACCAGUCUCAAGCCCCACCGCCUCCUCCUGCUCCUACGGAAGGAUCAUCGACCCAGGCCGACCAGACCACCAGCCCUUCAAAUGAAUCUCCUGACCCCACAGAAAACCAAGAUACCGACGCCGAUGGCGAAUGCGAAGGCGAAAAUUCAGCGCCCCAAAAACCAAAUACCGCACGGGAUGCCGGCGUGUCCGACGCAAUAUGGACCCAACUGCAGACCGACAUCGCCGCCGCCGAGGCCGAGCCCGAAAUCUCCGACGAAGCUUUUUGGCACCUAGAAGACGUGGCCUCGACCACGUGGGAGACCGCGCAUCAGGCAGAGCUCGCUUUCCAACGCCUCCGGGAGAAGAAAGCCAGAGACGAAGCAGACGCUCAACGGCUCAAGCGCCUGCAAGAAGAGGCGCGCAUGGAGCAGGAAAAAGCUGCGAGGGAGCGAGAACAGGCGAAGGCGGACUUGGAGCGGAUGAGGAUCCGGCAGAUCAUGCAGAAGAGGGAGGAGGCGGUACAGGACCGGUUGAGGAACUUGGGGGUAUGUUGUCAGGGUUUCCAGUGGAUCAAGCAGGCGGGCGGGUAUAGGUGUGCUGGUGGAGCGCAUUAUGUUGGUAAUGAUAGACUGGGCGUGUGA